AUGGCCCCUGCUAUUGAUGUCAUCCACGAUGAAGCAACAUUUUUGAAAGAUGAUGUUGUUGUGAGUCAUGAGUACAUUGAUGACAAGAUCAAGCCGAUAGUUAAGCCUAACGGAAGCUUCGAGGACUCGCUGGCUGCUACCGAUGUAUCGAGAAAGUUGGUUGGCGAGGCCCUUGUUGAGCAGAUCGAAGGUAUCGAUCAUGAGAUGUGUGAGGCUGGUGAGGAGGAUUCGUUCUUUGUUGCAGAUUUGGGUGAAGUUUACCGUUCAUUCAAGAUGUGGAAGCAACAAUUGCCUCAAGUUGAACCACACUAUGCUGUCAAGUGUAACACCGACCCUGCAGUGAUCAAGUUGCUUGGUACUUUGGGUGCCAACUUCGAUUGUGCUUCGAAGAAAGAAAUUGACACUAUUUUGGGUAUGGGUUUCGAUGGCUCGAGAAUUGUCUACGCCAAUCCAUGCAAGACAAACUCGUUUAUUCGUCACGCCAGGGAGUGUAAUGUUAAUUUGACCACCGUUGACAAUUCCCAGGAGUUGUACAAGUUGAAGAGACACCACCCUGAGUGUGGAAUCUUGAUAAGAAUUGCAACUGACGAUGAGUCAGCUCAAUGCAGAUUAUCGACAAAAUUCGGCUGCACAGUCAGCGCUGCUUUGGAUGAGUUGUUGCCUUUGUGCCAGGAAUUGGGCUUGAAAGCUGUUGGCGUGGCUUUCCACGUUGGUUCUGGUGCUAAAGACUUUGACUCCAUCUACAAAGCUGUCAAGGAUUCUCGUGCGGUCUUUGACAAGGCCCAAGAAAUGGGCAUGCCCAUGAAGGUCUUGGAUAUCGGAGGAGGAUUCGAGAGGGAGAGUUUUGGAGAAUCAUCUGCGAUGGUUCGCUAUUCUUUAAGCAAGUACUUCCCUCAGACCUUCACCGAACAGCACGGUAUUCGUUUCAUUGCAGAGCCUGGUAGAUUCAUGGUUGCCAAUGCUUUCACUUUGGCAUCCCAUGUAAUCGCCCGCAGAGACUUGGGCAAGGAACAGUACGACAUGGAGGCCAUGAUCUACGUCAACGACGGUGUUUAUGGCAACAUGAAUUGCAUUUUAUUCGACCACCAGCACCCUGUGGCUCACGUUUUGAGACACAACGGUCAGAUUUACUACGACGGCAAGAAGGCGGAUGACGAGGAUAUGGACAUCCAGGGCACGGUCCGCCGCUUUGCUUUCCUGAUCUGGGGACCUACGUGCGACGGAUUGGAUUGCAUUUCCACCCGCAGUGAGUUUGCUACCAACGUCAAUGUGGGAGACUGGUUGUACUUCCCUAACCUAGGUGCAUACACACUGGCAGCCACCACUUCGUUCAAUGGACUUGGCGGCUCUGCUACAGUGAAGUAUGUCUCGUCUGCUCCCGAGGUUCGUUUGUAA